CGCAUGGGAUUCACACAAUUUUGGUAGUAGAGAUAGAAAAAAAUUGAGAUUUAUAAGGUAUGCUCCAACUGGUCGCUUUCAGUCGCUGCCAGCGCGUUAUUAGAGAAGCAUUAAUUGGUGAUAUUGAAUAUUGAAUAAUGUGUUGGCACCUGAAAACUUUACUGUUAUUUACGUUGCUAGUCUGCCUAGGCAGUGUGCGUCAGGUGGCAGCAUGGCAGGGGUUCGGAAAUUACCAUGAUCCCGCUAAUUCCGGUAAAUGCACAAUCAGCAAAACAAUCAUAAUUUCGCCCGGAAAGAAAGUGAAAUCACCGGGUAUGUGUGCAGAAAUACAUUGCAGCAAUAAAAAUGGUGACGCCACGAUCACUGGUUGUGGCGCCAUUGGUCCUCCGAAUGGUUGCAAAUGGGGCGAUUAUGUAAAUAAAAAUGCCGACUUCCCCGCGUGUUGUAAGCGCAAUUUGAAGUGUGUUGGAUAGUUAUUAACUAAUUCAACAUAACGUAUGUUUUUAUUUAAAAUAUUUGUUUUUAAAAUAUUAGAUAAUGACACAUUAUAAUAACAAUAACGUACUAAUUAAAAUAUUAUGCACAUAAAUCUGUAAUUAUCAUAAAAACAAAA